UUUUAGUUGACAGUCUUCACAAUGACCACUAUUCAGUGGUGUGCUGGUGUCUACCAUAAUAGGAGCCAGGGCCUGGCUUUUCUAUUGUGUCUGUCUGUGUAUGUUGUGUUUGUUUAUCUGAGUAGCAAGCUGAAUUUGGAUCUAGAGGACAUAGAUGAUGGAUAGUGAGUGGAUGAGUUUGUUUGUUUGCCUUCUCUAAGUCUGGAGCGAUUCACAACUUUGGAUUCAUUUCAUCCAUUAUCAUAGACCCUCAGCCUAUGUGGUAUUAAACCAGAAGUUCUAAAAUAAUCAGCCCAGAAAAAGACCUAGAGAACGGGACAGGAAGUGCACUCAGAGCAUCUUGAGAGCCCGUUUGCAGCAGGUGUCUUGUUCCAUUCCUUAACAGAGACCUCCAUAAACUACUUUAGAGCAAGAUGGAAUGCACCAGAACCUUCUGGCUAUUUAUCCUGUUCAACCAGCUGCCAUUCUGUCGUACUGACACAGACCAAAACAUUUUCACUAUCCAGACGUAUUCAUCUAAAGCAGACGACCAAGUUAGCAGCACAACCCCCUUCAUGGAGCCUGGAUUCACAACCAGUGAUGACAAAAACUCCACCAACAGCAUCAAUGGUACUCGUGCUGACUGCUUGAUGGACACUGAGAUGGGUCUGAUUGCUAUAGGUUCAGCAGGGGGCCUGAUUGUCUGCUUGCUGUUUGCCACCAUGGUACUGGCAUGCCAGGUCUGCCAUCUUCAGCGACGGGUCUAUGUCCCUCGUACCUCGCGGUCUAACAUGGACUUGGUGAGUGGUACCGGCUACUGGGGUACAGACCGACCAGAGGUUGGAGGACUGGUGGGUCCAUGUGACAUCAGUGUCAUGCUUGAGGAGGUAGGGGCAGACAGCAAGAUGGAGGAAGAGAGGCAGGCUGAAAUACAAGAGGCAAUGGAGGACGCAGGACUUGAGGAAGGGGCGACAGCGAUGGCUUUUGAUCCAGAAGACAAAGCCAGUCAGAUAAGGAGCUCCAGCUCCAGGGACUCCUGUUUGGAGGUUCCUAGAGAUUUAGAGGACAUGCCGCUUGUUGUGUGAGGAGGUAACUCCACCUGUCAACUCCAGCCUCAGACACAGUCAGUUCAGCUGUUAUAUGUUAACUUGGCAUGUAUAGUCUCUCAAGUUUAGUUCACAUCACAAUUUCUAACUCAAACCUCAGUAAAAUAUGGGGCUGUAUGUGCAUUGUAUGAAUUUUUGAAUAUUAGUGUCAAUAGACCAGAAGUUUUGAUGCACAUAAUAAAAAAAGUAGUUUUACAUUAGCUUACUUGAAUAAAAAAUAAAUUUUUCAGCAUGUUUCACUCAGGAAAGAAGCUAAAGUUAGAUUAUAGUAAACUAUAUUAUAUAGCCAGCAGCAUAUAGCCCUAAUCUGGCAAAAAUCGUACUUCGAAAUGAUGUGAUUCGAAGGGUUCAAACACUUUGUGAUAUUCAACAGGUUUUGAUAUUGAGUACAACCAAUAUUUUGCUUUUACGUAAAAAAAAACAACAAAGCAUUGGAUUCAAUAUCUAUGCGUCAUAAUAUAUACAUUUGGAUGUAUGAUGUUACUAGUGGGAUUUGUUCAAAAUUACUAUAAAGCAAAUAAAAAUAUUUAGAUAAACGUUUUUCAGCAAUAUAGCGAAUAUUUAAGUUUUGUGAAAAGAAUAGUGUUGCUUUGUACAUUUGUUUCAAGUGUAAAGCAGCGAAGAACUGCUUUUGGCACACAAGAAACUAAUAUUUAAAUUGAGUGAAGUGCAGAUGUUGAAGAAAAUAUAUCAUAAGAAAUAAUUCACAACAACUUUCAAACAUCUAACCUAAUGCAACAUAUAUGUUAUACCUUUGCUUGGUUUGAAUCAAAUCUUUUGUUUUACAACAUGACCGAGUAAACACAAUAAUUAAAGAAGGUAAAAAGGUAGACCAACAUCAAGAAGAUCGACAAAAAUUUACAGUAUUAAAGAGAGCUCAGUAUUCAUUUCUAGGGUUGACACAAGUCAGCUUGUGUACUACUGAAGCAAUGCUGAAAAGAUGGUCAGAAAGGUGAUAACAAACAGCACCUGUUCUACUAAAAAAAAACUUUUCAAUUUUAGAAAUUUGCUUAUUUUGAUUGAAUCAAUAUAAUGUAUAUAAUAUUACAUCCACAGCAGACUUUUUAAAUAUUAUUGCUCUUUUAUAACUAAUUACAUGAAAAAGGCUGUUACACUGUCAGGUUUUAAAUAAAUUCCCUUUUGCAUUGUUUCAGUGUUAUGUGUUUUAAUUGUCGCAAUCCCUAUAUUGGAUUCUUUAGGGGAAUGUAAAAGAUUAUGGAAGCACAAUUGCAAGAAUCAUUUGGUAGAUGAUGUACUGAAGUACUAAAACUAUUGCUAUUAUUACUGAUGAAUAGAUUUUUUAAAAAUGCUAAUGUUUUUGCAGUUUAAGGCUCGCGGUCUGGUGUCUGUUAGUUAACACACGGUGCAGCAGCCUUACUGGUUCCUCUGUCUCCAUUACUGCACCUGCAGAAUUGAAGACUGUGUAGUGGAUGGUUUUGUUAAAAUGAAAAAGGAGUUUGAGAGUUUUUGGCAUGUGUUUGAUUUGUGCAUAGUCAGUCAAUGAGCACUUUAAAAAAAAAGUGAAUCAUGUCUAUGUUUGCAUAUCUAACUGAAACUGCAGCUACAAUGGCCAUGAAUGUAGAUGUAUAGUCUUUGCUCUAGUUACCACAUUACACUCAACACAGAAAAGAGCUCUGUACAAGCUGAAUUAGAUGGACCUUAAUAGCAUGUGUAAGUCUUCAGAUCAGUGGGUACAAUACACGAUCAAUUUCUUUUGUCUUGGAAACCUCUAAAAUCGAGUUUCUUGACAAUCAAGAAUUCUACAGAUGGCAAUUUAGUUUUUUGUUCACAAUUUAGCGUUUUUUAAAAACAUUGGUAAUGAGAAUAGUCUUUGGAGUGAAACAUGAACUACUAUUUUUAGCACAGCAGAUGAGAAUGCACAUGCUUGUCACACUUCCUGUAAGUGAGGCAAGAAUCAGUCUCAACAUUUCAGAAGAGAGGAGUUGACCAUGCUCUAGUUCCUUCUUAACUUUAACUUGAUAUACAUCUUGAAACGACACAGUUAACAGGUUACAAAGGUUUUCUGUCAUUGGUAAGUAGAACUGAUUCAUCUGAUUUAUAGAUGUAUAAAACAAAUACUUUGAGUGGUUUGAACUGCUGCUUAAAUAAACUGAACCAAUGACAGCAAAUCUAUAUUCAAAAUAGACGGUGACCCUCACAGCUAAAAGAUCCAUUAGGAUUUUUGAUUGAGAAAUGACAAUGGCAAAGCUGUUUUAAAAAUGUGUCAUUGUCAGCAUAGUUUUAAUGUACAGACUACACCAAACUCGCUUGUUUGUCUAAUCCUCUGAGGUCUUGAGUAUUUGGUUUUCAUUUCAUUUGUGCCUAAGAUUUUAAAAGAGUACAACUUGGACUUUUUGUGUAUAAUGUGUGCUAAUGUUAUAUACAAUUUAAUCAAUUAAUAUGUAGACAUACUCAGUUUCUUCCAACUUUUAGCCCAAGGCUGCAACUGAGUAAUUUUCCAGUUGUUCAUGACUACAGAGACCCCAGUGUGUUAAUAUUGUGAAAUUAACCAAUGUGAAAUUGUUGACUGCAGUGCUUUAAAAUACCAAAUGUGUAUCUUUGAAACAUAUUCCUUACUUUAAGAGGCAUUUUGAGGAAAUGAUGCAACAGCGGGUUACAUUUCACAACACUCUUCCUUUUAUGCUAAAAUUUAUUUUGACAUUUCCUGAGACAGGGCUUCCACCUGUAUGCUGUGCAAUUCUCAUAAAAUAAAUUCCUCUGUUCUAGUUACAAAGACCCAGUAACCAGCAAGAAGACUGAAGAAAACAAUGACUAUCAAUUUCAUGAUCAUCAUUUUUACAUGGCUGCUGUCUGAGACAGUGAGCUGCUCAUAUGCGCUCUCAGAUGUCUCAGAUCAUACUGCCAUACCAUCUGUCUUUGUUGCUGUUAACCCAACAGAGGAAAUAAACAGUAUUAAAGCUCUGCAAACAACUCAAACAAGACCUUCUAAAAAAUUCUUAGUGAAUAUUCAAACAGCAGCAACUUCAACCACUUCAGGAGUGUCUCAGUUAAACAGCUCAACCGGCAUUAAGUCAACGACAGAAGAAAAGUCAAAAAUCAUGAAAUCUACAGCGACUGUAACCAGUCAAGCCAGCACCUCAACCAAUCCUACAAGGGUAUCUGCAAUAGUAAGCAAUUUUACCCAAACUAAAGACACAGAGGGGACAUCAGCUUCUCAUUUUGUCAAAGACAAAAUUACCCAUCCAUCUAAACAAUCAACACAGUCUACAAACCCUGUCUCCACUGCAACCACAUCUAUCAAGCCAGAAGAAAAGUCUGAAAGUACAAGCACAGUUACAGAUGGUGAUGUAGCACAACCCAAAGACUUAUACAAAACGUCAGUGACCACCCCAGUCAUUAACAUCACCAAGGUAAAGAAAAGACAAGAUCCUUCAGGGAAAGAGGAAAAUUCCAAACGUGGAGGACACCACAGUAGAGCAGUGGCAGGACUAAUAGGUGGAGCUCUGGCACUUAUGAUGGUAGGAUUCCUAAUCAUCUACAUAAAAAAACGGAAGCUUCAGAAGCAGCAAAUAACAACUGCAGAUUGGGCCGGUCCAUCACCAUUUCUAGAGGGUGGAGCUGACAAUGAUCAAGUUACACUGAGGUCAUCUACCCGAAUUUCUCUUUCCAGCAUUCUGCCUCAGAGACUAUCCAAAAGAUUGUCCUUGAUUCCAGAAACAGACAAGGAAUUACAAGACAUGACAUCAGGUACUACAUUUGGAGGUAAACACCAAGAGAGCACAUUUGGUCAAGAGAUGGAUAGGAAGGAUAUACAACAAAGCAAUGAGUCUGCUGCAGUUCCACAGAUGAAAAGCACAGCAGACACUGCAGAGACUAUUGAAAACUCCAAGUGAUGUCUUCGCAAACUAAUGACACUACCUACAAAUAAGAAUUCAGAUGUUGCAAACGUCAGUCAAGACCAUUCUGCAAAUCCCAAUAACGGAUCUUAAAGGUAACAAUCAAGAUAAGAUUGAGGUGUAGACUCUUAGUCUUAAUUCAAGGAGUUUAACAAAAAUAUUGGUGCAUCAACCCUGAAAAUGCUAUAACUGCUUAGGAAUUACAAUUUUGUUCAACAUAGUUCCUCUUAGUUCACAAGCUAAAAAAAAAAGAAUGGACAAAGUAACCUUCUUCUUCUUAUUAUUAUUAUUAUUACUGCAACCACCUUCAGCGGCUGCUUGUUUGUGGGUCUUCCUGUCUUUAGUUUUGUCCAAACAUUAGUUGACUGGCUUGGCCAUUAAACAGCAUUUCAUUUGGGUUGCUUUAGCAACAUACUUUGGGUUAUCUGUUCAGUGAACGGCCAUCCUAUGAGUUUUGCAGCAUUUGUUGAAAUCUCAAAAGAAAGUAUAGCUCCAUACACUUCAGAAUUCAUCCUUCUACUUCAGCAGUCACAUAUCAAUAAGCUGUGACCCAGUCCCAUUGGCAAUCAUAAACACCCAAGCCAUGACAAAUUCCAGAUUUCGGAAGGCUUUUUAAAAUGCUGUGGCAAAUUUACUCAGGCUUUACUUUUUGAGUGAUACCAGUAGUAUCAAGUCUCAAAAAUGAAAUUCUAGACUGCCUUCUUCCAAGAGAGAUUUGGUCUUAUAGUGUGCCAGUGGAAGUGUGAAUGCCACAAUGAAAAAACAGAACUCUGCAUUUUUAGCUCCCAGCAAAAGCAACCGCUGACUGUCAGAGUCUGAUGGUCCAUUAAGGCUUUCCAAGACGACAAAAUUGCACGAAAUAAAAACAUAUGUAAGAGUGAAGCUAUUACAGGUGGUUUCUCUGUGCACACAGUGAGUAGGAUGUACAAUUAGGUCACAGGUGAAGGAAGAUAGGCUCUGAAGGAAACUUUGGUGUAAAUCUAGAUCCAGGAGUUUGUUCAUGUUUUUUUUAAAGAAUUGCCAUGAUUACGACAUGUGCUGCCGAGGCUUUGAUAGUAUGGUUCCACCAAAUACUUUAGGCUUAAUUUGUAAAGAAGUCCAUAUUAGAAAGGGAUCAAAGUGUAAAACAGAAAUGUUGUACGUAGAAUGAGCUAUGGUUUGAUGGGUUUAUGAGUUCAUGCUCUGUUCAAUGUGGAUUUUAGUAUGUGCCAUUUCUAGGAUACGAAUUAUGGGAAGAAUAUCUCCAUAUAUUUCAUUUAUUUGCUUAGUCUUUUAUGUAACUUGCAAGAUGGCAAUAAUUCUGGUUAUGAAUAUUUUGUAAAACUUCUGUAAAUAUGUACUUGCUAAAUUCAGUCUUCAAAUGUUGAAUUUUUUUCUAAAGAGGAUUUCAUGCAUGUAAAAGAAAUUGGUUUGUGGCAAACGACUAACUGAUUGUUCUUGUUGUUUUCCAUGCCACAUUGUACUCAAACCUAGUUCCAUGUAUCUCUAAUUCUAUAGCUGUACAUAAACUGUCCCAAUGAUAUAAUAAAACUAUUAAAACAAA